CUGAAGACUGUUGUACAUGUAUUGUGUUACACCUGUUUAAUAGAAUCUCUCCACAUGUUCAUUUAACUCUUUUAGCUCAGACUGUCCUGUAUUCAAAUUUUUAUUUUCUUUUCUAAAAACACUAGUGAAAAAGAAGACAGAUUUUGCUUUCUUUUGGUGCCAAGUAUGAUUAAAUGAAAGAACAUUAUUUCCUAUAAGCAUGACAUGUAUCUUACUAGAUUAAAUACAGGUUUACAUUUAAUUUGCAUGUCAUUUUUGUUGUAUCGAAUUUCAGUCAAAUAAUGGUCAUGAAAGAUAUAUUUGAGUCUUGAUAAGUACAAUGUAAAACAUCUUGGAAGAAAUCUAAAUACACUCGUCUAAGUUGAUUUUUGGUUCACAAGAACCUAGAAGUAUGAAACAUAUAUGAGUGGAAUACUGCCUUGCUUCGAUUAACUUGCAGUCUCAGCAACUUUAAAAUUUCAUGCAGAUAAUUUAUACUCCUGAAAAAUUAUGACAGGCACGAUGUGUUUGCCAGGUGGUUCCAGACUUUGUCUGGUCUGUCUGGUGGUGUCAUCCUGGCGCCCAGUCAUUGGGGUGGACCCAAUCAAGCACAGUGCUACAGAGGAGCCAACGUAUCAACACAUCCAGCAUGACCAUUUAGGAACCCAUGAUCAUAAUGACAUGCAAAUUCAUGAAAAUCACAGCAAGGACAUUCACGCUCCUGGACAAUUUUUCUACGAAAGCUUGAUAGAAAGAUAUGGAGAAAAUGGUAGUCUAACACUGGAGGGACUUAAGAAACUUCUGCAUAAUAUUGGAGUGUAUACCGGUAAUCAUAAAAAUUCCACCUCUCUAGAAAUUCAUAGUGAACACGAGAAUCAUGAUGAUCAUAGAGAACAUGAUGAUCAUAGUGAACAUGAUGAUCAUGAUCAUGAACAUAAACUUCAUGAUGAUCAUGAUAUUACAUCUCAUGAUGAUAAUGGUUAUAUAAGGAAAAGACGAAAUGCUCAGCAGAGAAGAUCAUCUCAGGAAAGAAUUAGGAAGAGAAGAUCUAAAGAGAAUAUCUCAAACACCACAUGCAUAAAAACUCCAGAAAACCUUAUCCAAAUGUACAAAAUAAACCAGUCCAUUGCCCUGUCUCGGACCGAUUUUUCUGAUGUGUGUAUGGGUAUCAUAGCAAUGCUGGACACAACAGCCUGCGGGGGCGGCCCUGUAUCUCGUAAUCAACAUACCUGUGAUAGCCAUAGCCAUGAUGAAUCUCUAUCCAACAAAGACAUUGAGUACGACAUUGGAAAUAUUCCAGGCCAUGUAUGGGGGUACAGCUUCAUUGCCAUUGUGAUCAUCAGUCUGGUGGGACUUCUGGGUGUGGCAGUCAUUCCCAUCAUGCAGAAGGUCUUCUAUAACCACCUGCUCCAGUUCCUGGUCGCCCUGGCUGUGGGGGCCCUUUCCGGGGACGCUCUCCUUCAUCUGUUUCCUCAUGCUUUUGGAGAUGGGUCUCACAAGCAUGGCUCUGAUGACAGCCAUGUUGAAGAGAGCAGGCAGGGAGUUAUGAAGGGACUUGUGGGAUUGCUGGCUAUCUAUGUCUUCUUUGUCAUGGAGAGACUGGUUACCCUUUUCACCAACUCCAAACGAAAACAGAAAAAAAGGAAGCUUGAGGAACAUAAGGUACACUUUAACAACAGCAAUGGAGGGGAGAGUCCUAGGACUCCCUCGGAGCCAGACUGUGGGACAACCAUGCUUCGUAUCCAUCCCAGCGGAAAAGCCUUGGAAAACUAUGCUGUGGAGUCCCAUAAGGGAGAGUGCAAGCUCUUGAUGUCUGACAACACUGAUGACCAGAAUAACGUGGAUGGUAAACAGAGCCACCCAGGGGAUGACGAGGACUCCCACAGUAAGGUGCUGGACUUCUCCCAUGGUCACUCCCACAGCCGCUGUAAGACCAUGCCCCAGACUGUGACAGCCAUUGCCUGGAUGGUGAUCCUGGGGGACGGGAUCCACAAUUUUAGCGACGGGCUGGCGGUGGGAGCCGCAUUCUCCAACAGCAUUACGGGAGGAAUCAGCACCUCCAUUGCUGUAUUCUGUCAUGAACUUCCACACGAAAUUGGUGAUUUUGCGGUGCUGUUGAGGGCAGGAAUGACUGUAAAGCAGGCCAUUAUCUACAACUGUGUCUCCUCAGUGCUUGGGUUCUGUGGGAUGCUGAUAGGGGUGCUGAUCGGAAACUUUGGAUCCGCCCCUCUCUGGAUCUUUGCCUGCAUUGGAGGAGUCUUUAUCUACAUUGCUUUUGUGGAUAUGCUUCCAGAGUUAAUCGCCCUUGGAACAAAGAAAGGAGAGAACCCGUUCUUCCACUUGAUUCUACAGGUGUGUGGCCUGGUAGUGGGGUCUGGAAUCAUGUUCCUCAUCGCCAUCUUUGAACACGAUUUGAUGAACUUACUAGAACCGUAACACAUAUCAUGCAUUAGUGCUUACCUAUUUACAGAAACCCAAACUUUUAGUGGUUUUUUUUUGCAGUGUUAUUUUCAUGGUAGCCCUGGGCUACGUUUUACAAAAGAACUUACGACUUACGACCAAAUUAAUGAAUGCUAAUUAAUCACUAACUAAUCACUGUUUUAUUCUAAUGGCUGUAAAUAUAAUUAUGGAAAUCAAAAUAGUUGUAAAUAAAUGGUUUUAUAUAAAUUUUGUUUAUUAAAGACCAUUCUACGAAUCUAGAAAUAUUUAAGACUUUGUCGUAAGUUCUUUUGUAAAACCCAGCCCAGAUGCUUUGUAUUUUUUAUGUCACGCUUUAUUUUUGUAAUUAUUUUUUUUUCUUAAAUUCAAGAACACAUUGACAAAUUUUUUUUUUGCUCAUGAACAAAGGAGAAUGUGUUUGAAUGUAUGUUUGUUUGAAUGUAUGUUUUUGGGGUUUUUAAUUUAGUCCCAUUUUUCCUAUUCUGAAAUUUUUUAUGUCACUUAUUUUGAUAUACAGUGUUAUUAAACUCUUUGGUUUUUUUCCCUUUUGGAUGUAACAAAUUUGGAACCUUGUUAUCAUUAUACAUUGUAAGUAUGGAUAUUUUUUUCUUUGUACAAUGCAAACUUUGAAAAUCCACUCCAAACUGUGUUCAUGUUAUGUAAGAAUGUAAUGAAGAAAUAAGAACAUCUAAACAGUAUAUAUACAUAUGUACAUGUGCAGGGUUUUCAAAAUCUUAGAUGAAAAUGACCAAACAGCUUUCAGCUUAUUCAAGCUUUUUUUUUUUGUUGGGGCUAAUGCUGGUUUUCAUCUUUCUUGUUGCAUAAUAAAAAAUAUAUCAAUUAGACAAGCAAGUCUUCACUGGAUCACUAUUAUAUCUGGCAAUAAAACUUCUUAAAUAAAAAUUUAGUAUUUCAA